GUCAGCACGCGUCGUUUAAAUGAGCGGAGUGCAGACGCCCACGAAAAACACGACGAGACUCCGUAUUUCGGCCCGAUUUACUGUAUCGGAGCAGAGGGGUAAUUAGACAGACACCAGACGAUUAACCCACAGACGCUCAGGGAACGGAUCUCCUAACGCUUCGGCCCUGAGCUCCGGCGUCCGAACGGUCUGUUUGACAGGACGGAGCAACAAGCAAAAGGGGAAUGCUAUCGAUCCUUGGACCGUUGUUUUAACGUAACAAAGUAUUUAUAGCACCGCUUUAAAGAAUCAAAGGACCCAGAAGAUCAAAUUCAGUCCAGCGCUCGGACAAUUGAGAAAACCCGGUGAGAUCGAUUGACAAAACCGGCCUUUUAAACUCCCUGCCUUCGGAGAUGGGGCUUCUCUUCGCCAAACUGAUGACUGUGUUCGGAGACAGAGAACACAAAGUAAUUAUUGUCGGUUUGGACAACGCCGGGAAGACCACCAUCCUCUACCAGUUUUUAACAAAAGAAGCCGUGCAGACUUCACCUACAAUUGGCAGCAACGUGGAGGAAAUUGCUGUGAAGAAAACGCGCUUCCUCGUCUGGGACAUCGGUGGUCAGGAGAGUCUCAGAGCUACCUGGAACUCGUAUUACUGUAAUACAGAGAUUGUCAUCCUGGUGGUCGACAGCACUGAUCGGGAACGCCUGACUGUAACUAAAGAGGAGCUUCAUCGCAUGCUUGCACAUGAGGACCUGCAGAACGCCUCGGUGCUGGUUUUGGCGAAUAAGCAGGACAUGAAGAACAGCAUGUCUGCUGCAGAGAUCUCUCAGAGUCUGACUCUCAGCUCGCUCAACGCUCGCUCCUGGCAUGUCCAGGCCUGUUGCGCUCUCACUGGAGAAGGUUUACCAGCCAGUCUGGAUUGGAUGCGCUCCCGCGUUGUGGCGAAUUAGUCCAGCAACAGUGCUCCUUAAACCUCUGCCGAAAGAAAGAUCGGGCCUACUUAAGACUUUCGUCCAGCUCUCAGUGCCUCUGUCUGAGUAAUCUUUAUAAACUGAAUCCUGGAGGAACGCGCUUCGUCCACUUACUCUGGAUACCAGAACAAGCCUGGAGACUCUGUGUGUGUGUGAGAGAGAGAAUUUGUGUGUAUGCGUAUGAACGUUUGUGUUUGUACAUUAUGUGACUCCGUUCUAGAGGUCCACAUGUUUACAUUACUGACUUUUGCAAUGAUCUGACCUGAUCAUGAUGUGUUGUCGCCACUGUAUUCACCUCCGGCUGUGCUGACGGCUCCGCUUCUCACGUGGAGUUAUUGUCUGCAGGCAUCCAUCUCAGUGGGGUGGUGGUGGGGGGUGUUGGUUCACAUGCCUGUACUGAUUCAUGAUGAACCACUAAGCUAUUGAACAAGCAUUACUUGAAGUAUUUAAAGGGAAUUGAUUUGAGUAUGCUAUAGAGACGUGUGCAUGCAGAAUGGAACAGUUGUAUUUUAUUUUUAAAAAGUAUACUGGAUAUUCAAAGUAUGUUUUCUUAUAUAAUUUUGUACAAAAAAAGGUUUUUGUACAAAUAAAACUACUAAAAACGUG